UUUCUUGCACGCACAGUCGCACACCACGUGCACAGCAGUGCAGCAGCAGUCCAGUAUCCACUGACUUGGAUAUGAUGUUUUAGUCACGUGAUCGGUAAUUUUGGGACAUUCAUUCAUACUGACCAUACACUUCUUGUACUCAUUUCACCCAUUUGCAAUCUUCAAAACAGAGACUUUAAAAUUUGUAAACAGAGACAGUAAUAAAAUCAAUGAAUGACUUAAGUCACUCAACUUAAUUUGUCAAAAAAAACAGGUGUAUGUCUUGUCAGCAACACUAGGUACAUGUCAUUGAUAUCAAUGAUUAAUCCAGGUUCCUUGAUCAAAUUUACUAAAUCAAAAGCCACUCACUCAUGCUAUUUAAAUCAGUUAAAAUAACUUCAAACGUUGGUCAACCAAGAUCUUACAAGCUAGACCCAAGCAUGGCACACAUGCAAAAUGUCAAUGACAACCAUAGAGUCCUGAUGUCCACCAAGCAAUUCAGGAGAAAAAGAUCAAGGAAAGUCAUACCGACUGUACCUGAAAAAUGGAAGGAAGAAUUUGACAAAUUAGCACUAAAACCAAGGUCAAUCCAAAUCAAAUUGCUAAAUCCACACAUCACGUGUCCAGUUUGCCAAGGAUAUUUAGUUGAUGCUAUAACAAUAACUGAAUGUCUACAUUCAUUUUGUAGAGGUUGUAUUGUGAAGCAUUUUGAGAGAGUUCGUUGUAACUACAAAUGUCCACUAUGUCAUGAGCUUGUGCAUAAAACAAACCCUUGGUAUAAUCUUAAAACUGAUUGUGUCCUUCAGGACAUAGUUAAUAAAUUGGUACCUGAUUUUGCAGAAGCUGAAGAAAGACAACGAAGAGUUUUCUACAAAAGCAGGGGACUCGCCAUCCCAGACAAAGUCAUAAAACCAGACAUACAGAGACCUCAAAUUAAUCAUACUACAGUUACAAGAGCAGAAAGUAACUACUCUCAAUCACACUCACAACAAGUACAAGAAGCACCUUCAGAACCUAUUGAAAAUACACCAGAAUACUACAUUGAAGAUGAGAAUGAUGAAAUUACCAUGCAACUUGAAAUGAAAAGGUUGGUGAUCAAUACCAAAUUUCCUGCAGCUGAAAAAUUUAUUCAUUGACACUUGAUCAUGAUAUAUUGAAAUUGAUCAUUAUGUAUAUUUUUAGUGUUGAUGA